AUGAACGAUGGAAUAUCAGAGGAAGCUGCACAAGCUGUCUAUUUUCGGUGCUCAUCUAAACGAGUAGGGUCUGAAGGAGGAGUUGCUCUAUCUGAAGCACUUGGGGGAUGUGAGAAUCUGAAGAAACUUGAUCUACAGGACAACAUGUUUGGCGUAGAGGUUGGCGUCAAAUUGAGCAAGGCUCUUUCCAAACAUGAAUAUCUUACUGAGAUAACUGGAAAUGAUAUUACAGCUGAAGCUGCUUCCAGUUUAGCUGCUUGCAUUUCUACUAAAAAAGCUAUCACAGAGUUGAACUUGUCUGAGAAUGAACUCAAUGAUGAGGGUAAUGAUGAGUUGAAGGAUAUCUUCAAAGAAUCUCCGGAAGAGCUUGAACCUUUAGAUGAGAAUGACCCUGAACGAGGAGAUGAUGACAACAACAGAGAGUUUGGGAUGAUGGUAAAGGCGAUGAAGAUGAAUUGGAAUCCAAACUCAAAAAUCUUGAUGUCAAUCAAGAUGAAUAGAGGCUGUUCUCGGACAUUUUAUGAAAUUUUGUCGCUUGAGACUAGAAAUUUGCCUAAGUCUAUGUGGUUUGUUGUUUUGAACUGA